AUGGCUCACCUUCAAGCAUCCAAUCUAUUCUCCGUCAAAGACCGCGUGGUGGUAAUCACCGGAGGCGGAAGCGGCCUCGGGCGCAUCAUGGCUAAAGCACUCGACGCCAACAACGUAUCCAAAAUCUUCAUUCUGGGCCGACGCGAAGCCGCGCUGCAAGAGACCGCCUCGCAGACCCUAAACGGCACCGUCAUCCCCAUCCAAUGCGACAUCACCUCGAAAGAGUCUCUCGAGACAGCCUACAAGGCCGUAGCAGCACAAACAACACAUGUCGACCUGCUAGUCGCCAACAGCGGCAUCAUGGGACCGAUGAUGAAAGCCCCGCAGCGCGCAGCAGACGGGUCGCUGCCUUCUCUCUCGACAGUCCGCGAUGAGCUCUUCAACGUGCCAAUGGACGAGUUCACGAACGUAAUGAACGUCAAUGUCACCGGCUCGUACUACACGUUCCUGGCCUUCCUGCCUCUUCUCGAGGCGGCGAAUAAACGACGACCGGAGCCGCAACAGGGCGUGCUUUCGGCGCCGACCGCGCAGGUUAUCAUCACCAACUCUAUUGCUGGCUAUAAUCGUAAGGUGCCGUUUAGUUUUGCGUAUAAUGCUUCCAAGGCUGCGACGACGCAUCUGGUUAAGAUGCUUUCGACCAAUUUUGCGGAUUAUGGUAUUCGGGUUAAUGGCAUUUCGCCGGGUCUUUACUAUUCCGAGAUGGCGGAGCAUGUCUUCAAGGAUGCUGGGCUUCAGGGCCGGGGGAUCUCGGAUGACUCGUUCCCUCGUGAGAUGAUCCCUGCGACCCGUGGUGGUAGUGAGGAGGAUAUUGGGGGGCUGAUUGUUUGGCUGGCUAGUAACUCGGGCGGGUAUAUCAAUGGCAAUAUUGUGGUGACUGAUGGUGGUCGGAUCUCUGUUGUGCCUGCUGUCUACUGA